UAUGGGUUAUAAAACCCUAACCUGACGAGUAUGUGGAAUACACGCUAACAACGCACCUCAAGAAACAGAGUAGAACGAAGGGUCUUUUGUAUUCCAGGGAAAGUUCCCAUAUUCUGCUUUCUUAUUGGCGAAGAGGAGAAUAAACUACAAUGAAAGAGGUAAUGCUGAAGCCCAAUGAACUCGUACCCGAAAUUGACAGUGUUUCCGACAAUACUCAUGACUCAUUGAGUACGAAAGAUAAUAACCAUCCCGAUCUUGUACAAGAAAAUCUCCUUUCCGGUCUACCAAAUAGCUUUACCCAUCGCAGCCACUUUGGUUGGUUACGUAGGAUCUUCCCUACUUCUAAGCCAAUGCCUUCGCCUGCUCCUAUUCCAGAUCCAAAAAAAAUCAACUCUAGGGGGGAAAAGAUGUUCAACACACGGCGUUACAGAGAGGCUUUGGAGUUCUAUGAUCGAGCAAUAGAGCUCUCACCGAAGAAUGUAACUUAUCUCAGUAAUCGAGCAGCUGCAUUGUCGAAAUUGGGGCGUACUGAGGAAGCUCUGAACCAGUGGGAAGAGGCCAUAAAGCUGGAUCCACAAUCUGCACAGGCUCGUCACGGUUUAGGCAUGUCUCUUCUUAGGUAA